GGACACUAUGGAAGAUACCCGGGGGGCACGAGGGAGGACACAGAGGGCACGAGGGAGGACACGGAGGUCACAACGGGCCGGACAGCAGGAAGCAGACAGAGAGACAGAGCAGAUCAUCGCACUGGAAGAGGCCUGAAGAGACACCGGAGCAAACACCGACCGUUAGCGGCUAUAAUUGGGAGAAGGUAAAACUUCUCCCUCCCGCGUAAGUCCCGUUUCAGACCGGUGUUUGUGUAGUGUGUAAUAUAUAAAGUUGUGCCUUGUUAAAGGACAUUGACUGGCCCUGAGUUUCCCUCGACAGGCUGCCGAAGAGCGGAGCCAGGUGAAGAGCAGGUGGUCGCCACCAGAGACCCGCGACUGCCGUUGUUGACUUCCCACUCCAUCCGUGCCACAUUAUUUUAGCUGGGUUUUAGUUGUUUGUGUUCUUUGUUUAGUUUAUUUGAAGGUAGAGCUUUUAGUUGUUUUUACUUAUUUUAAAAUAAAUUGUGUUCAACUGUGUUCCACUGGCUGUACUCAUUGUUUUAAAAAUAACACUGUUUACUGCUCUCCCCCGACAUAAAAGAACCUGUUUACCCUAACUUUAAUUUGGUGAUCCUAAGAGGUCCUAGGCCUCAGUUAAACCUAGGUGGCGUUGUCGGCACUUGUGUUUUAAUUUAUCCACCCUUAGCACGGCUCACAUUUUGGCGUUGUCGGCAGGAUCGGGUACAGAGAGCAGUGUGGUGUAUUUUAAAACAGUGAAUAUGAUGAUGCCUGUAUAUCCUGGUGCCCCUUGGCUGCCAAAGUUUAAAGGACCAAAUUGUGACCUGAAAUAUCAUGACUGGAAGGAGCAAAUACAGGGCUUACUUGGAGCGCAAGAGCUAGCAGAGGCCAGAAAAAUUGACAUUGUGUUGGGUGCGUUAGCUGGGGAAGCCAAACGGCAGGUCAGUGUUUUAGAGGAUGACGAAAGGGAUAGAGUACGCAAAAUCUUUCUGUAUUUGGACUCUCUAUAUGGAGACAGAACCCCCGCCCCAGUGUUAAGGUCUCAGUUUUUUAGUUGUGUCCAAAGACCAGACGAGACUGUGCCCUCAUUCAUUCUAAGACUAAGAGAGCUGUAUUGCAGGUUGCGGCAACAUGACCCUGAUGGAACUCCCCCUGACACAGUCCUGCGAGACCAGCUGCUGUUGGGGCUGCGUGAAAGUUCCCUGGCUCAGGCCCUGAAGGUCUAUGCCCGCCGUAACCCUGAUGAAACUUUUUCUGCACUCAGACAGGAGGCGCUGCUGCUUGAUACAGAACAUGGGAACCCCCAACCGGAGGUAAUCUGUGCUUCUGUGUAUAAACCAAAUGUGCCUCCUCCAUCACAGGACACCAGCUGGAGAGAGACCCUGAAAAGAGAGAUCAUGGAAGACGUGAAAUCUCAGAUGACCGGACUGACCCAGGAACUGUUGCGAGAGAUUAAACCGCUCCUUCAACCAGCUGUUAUUGCACCACAGCCCCUAAUACAGCCCUAUAGGGAGCGACAACGAUCAGUUUCCCAGACGAACACCUGGGAUGAGCAAGGUAGGCCCAUUUGCCGCCAAUGCAGACAAGCCGGCCACAUAGCUAGAUUUUGUAGGAGGCCAACUACUGCUCGGCAGGCUUUAAACUAGCUUUCCCUGCUGCUGAGGUCCGAGGGGCAGGGGUUGAAAGUACAACAGAAGAAAACGGGCCCACUGAAGCAUUUAUUGGAAGGUGUCCAACUAUAGACGUAAACAUUGAAGGAGUUACACUGUCGGGGCUAUUAGACACGGGGUCCCAGGUCACCUUAAUGCAGCAAAGCCUCUUUGAGCAACAUUUUACCCAAGCUAAGCUUGGAAAGGCUCCUAUAGUUUUUAAGUUACAGGCCGCAAAUGGCCUGGAGAUCCCUUAUACGAGCUAUGCCGUAUUAGAUCUGGAGCUAGAGGGUGCUAAGAUACCUGGAAGAGGAAUUGUGAUUGUGAAGGAUGAACACUGUACACACCCACUCAUCAUUGGAAUGAAUGUUGUUACUGCUUGUUGGACUGUUUUUUUUAAAUGUCCCAGAGGGUCUGUUCCCCCCCCACAGACGUUACAGAGACAGCGGGUUUGGAGGGAUGCAUUUGCUACAUGCAGACACAUUGAGGCUACCAUGACAGAGGACGGGAUGUUGGGGUACGUGCGGCCAGCCAGCCGACGGGUCAUCAAAAUUCCCCCAAAGAGUGAAGUACUGGUGUGGGGUCGGGCUCGGAUGAGCCUGGGGGAAAAAGAUUACUGUGCCCUAAUUGAAGCGCUGCCUGAGACUUGCAGUGUGAGGGUGGCCAGGACCCUAGCAGUGAUAAGAAAUGGCAGAGUCCCUGUGAGAGUUUUUAACCCACACCCCUACUGUUUGAUGCUAGAUCGGUACCAGAAGCUUGGCAAACUGUCCCGGGUGGAUGAAGCGGAUGUACAUGGAGCCUGCGACCUUAACCUGUCCCUUGAAGGUGAUUGUGUUGUUGGAGUGACACUGGUAAAUGCUGCAGUUGACGAGGAGGACCAGAAGCUGCCGAUAGGGGUGAGUGAACUCUCCAACAGGCCUGAUCUGUCUGAGCAGCAACAGGAGGAGCUGCGCGCCCUGCUGCUGAAAUGGCAGAAGGUGUUUGCACAGCACAAUGAGGACUUCGGACGUACAGACCUGGUACAACAUCGCAUCCAUACUGGUGAUGCACCACCUAUCCGAGAACGACAUCGACCUCUUCCCCCUGCCAUGUAUAAAGAGAUGAAAUCCCUACUCUCAGGUAUGCUGGAGCAAGGUGUCAUUAAAGAGAGCUGUAGCCCAUGGGCGGCACCCAUAGUACUGGAUUGAAGAAACCUUGACCAGUCUGACCAGAGCAGAAUGGUUUUCUACUCUUGACUUAGCCAGUGGCUAUUGGCAAGUUGAGAUGGACACCCAAGACCAGGAGAAGACCGCCUUCACCACACCGCUGGGGCUGUAUGAAUUUGAGCGUAUGCCCUUCGGCCUGUGCAAUGCGCCAGCUACCUUCCAACGUCUGAUGCAACAAUGUUUAAA